GCGGCGGGGGCCGGCCCCGGGGCGGAGGCGGCGCAGAGCGGGCGGCGGGCUCGGCCGGCGGCAGCGGGGCCAUGGCCGCCGACGUGUUCAUGCGGCCGGCGCGGCUCAUCGGGGCGGCGGGGCCGCUGUCCCCCCGCACGGAGCCCGACGAGGACUCGUCGGACACGGACGACGGGGGCGCCUCGCCGGGCGGAGGGCGGCGGUGCGGGCCGCGGCGGGGGCAGCCCCCGGGCCCCCAGAUCAUCCACUCGGGUCACUUCAUGGUCUCGUCGCCUCACAGCGAGCACCCGCCCAAGAAGGGCUACGACUUCGACACGGUCAACGAGCAGACCUGCCAGACCUACCAGUUCGGGGCGGCCCGCGGCGGCGGCGGCGCCGGCGGCCGCCUCAGCAUCGACGCGUCCCUCACGAAGCUCUUCGAGUGCAUGUCCCUGGCCUACAGUGGAAAGCUGGUUUCACCGAAAUGGAAAAACUUUAAAGGCUUAAAACUUCAGUGGAGAGAUAAAAUCCGUCUCAAUAACGCCAUCUGGAGGGCAUGGUACAUGCAGUACCUGGAGAAGCGCAAGAAUCCCGUGUGCCACUUUGUGACUCCGCUGGAUGGCUCCGUGGAUGUGGAUGAACAUCGGCGGCCGGAGGCCAUUGCAACAGAAGGGAAGUACUGGAAACGAAGAAUUGAAAUAGUUAUCAGGGAAUACCACAAGUGGAGAACGUACUUCAAGAAAAGGUUACAGAAACAUAAAGAUGAAGAUCUUUCAAGUUUGGUCAGGGAUGAUGAUGUGGUUCUCUGGCAAAAAAGAAGGUACGGCAGAGAAACCCCUGUCCCUAUGGAGGAAGGCAGCCUCUUGGAUGCAGAUAUGCUCAUGUCCGAGUUCACCGACACACUGUUCUCCACACUGUCUUCACAUCAGCUGGUUUCCUGGCCAAAUUCCAGGGACAUAGCACACUUAGGAAAUGCUGACAUGAUUCAACCAGGGCUUAUACCUCUCCAGCCAAAUUUUGAUUUUAUGGAUACUUUUGAGCCUUUUCAGGAUUUAUUCACACCCAGUCGUUCCAAUAAUUAUUUCCCUUCCGCAUCUGCUGUCAGCUCAGCUACCACAGACAGCAGCAACCAUUCUUCCCAGUCUCCUGUCCUGCCGUCGGGUUCAUUGCCCAACACACUUCCAGCAGAGAACAUCAGUGAUGGACUCAUUACUUCCUCAGUACCUGCUCCUGUCAUUCCUGAUGUUGGCACUGACCAGUGUUUGAACAUUAAAAGUGAGGGAUCUUUCAUCCAGCCAGCAGACUACACUCCUGACUCGUCUCUCAGCGGGCCACAGACUUUUAUGCCAGUGUUUCAGACUCCUCUGCCACUGCUUCAACCUGCAGCACAACAGCACCAGUCCACGUUGCCUGCAGUGCCUCUGAAUUCCAGUUUAAGCUCUCCACCAACUCCCUUUGCUGCACCAGAAACCCAGAAGUUUGGCCUCUCUGAGUCUACAGUUAUCACCCACACAGCUUCUGCAACACUGACCCACAAUGCCCCUGCCACCACCUUCAGCCAGAGCCAGAACCUUGUCCUGGCCACGCAGCAGCCGGGUGCAGGAGUGCCUUGUAACAUGGCUUUCCAGACUACUGUCCUGCAGGGGCAGCCCUGGCCCCAGCUGCAGUCCCAACUGACAUUUGCACUCCUCAAAGCUGUUCCUCUGGCCAGUGCUGGGACAAGGCCCAAACAGUCAAAAAAAAUAGUGCCUGCUCCGAAGCCUGAAAAUGUGUCCUUAUUAAAGAAUGCCUUCAUCACCCCAGCUGCCUUUCAAGGACAGUCCAGAGCUGUGAUUGUAACUCCAGCACCUUUAAAAAGAGAGGGGAUUUUGACGCCAGCCACGUCUCAGUCUAAUGUUGCAAUUGCACCAGCUGGAAUUGUCAGAGCUCCCGGGGUGACGGAGUUCCGUAGUAACAUUCUGGUUGGUCCAGCUCAGCGAGCACCAAGUAGUCAACAAACCCAGUCCACAGUCUCACAUCUCUUCUCUCCUAGUGUAGUCCAGGAUGUGUUGGUGAAAGGAGAGCAAAUCCCUUCCCACAGUAGCAGUUCACAAGUUCCCUCUCCUACACCUAACCGAGACUGCCAGAAUUCAGGCCAAGCUUCCCCCUGCACCUCUGAGCAGAGCCCCAGUCCACAGUCUCCCCAGAACAGCUGCUCAGGAAAACCUGCCACUGACCCUAAUACAGCUGCAUUUAAGAAUCGAAGAAUGAAGCACAUUUCGGAACAAAAACGAAGGUUUAAUAUCAAGAUUGGUUUCAGUACUCUCAACAGCUUGGUGUCAACCAACUCCAAGUCGAUCAGCCAUGCAAUCAUGCUCCAGAAAACAGUAGAAUAUAUCGCUAAACUACAGCAGGAAAGAACACAGAUGCAAGAGGAAACCAGGCGCCUUCGGGAAGAAAUCGAGGAGCUAAACGCUGCCAUCAUUUCUUGUCAACAGCAGCUCCCUGCUACCGGGGCUCCCGUAACACGGCAAAGGUUUGACCACAUGAGGAGGAUGUUUGAUGAGUAUGUGAGAAGCAGGACCCUGCAGAACUGGAAGUUUUGGAUUUUCAGCAUUAUUAUUAAGCCAUUGUUUGAGUCCUUCAAUGGGAUGGUUUCCUCUACAAGCUUUAAGGAUCUGAAUCAAACUGCAGUGGCCUGGGUGGAUCAGCACUGUUCUCUCCCUGUUCUGAGGCCAAUGGUGCUGAACACCCUCCGGCAUCUGAGUACAACCACCUCAGUUCUGUCGGACCCAUCGUGCCUGCCAGAGCAAGCUGCUGAGGCAGUUAACAAGAUGAACAAAACAGCUGGUGAAACCUAACAGCCAAAGGCAAUGAGUUGCUUAUACAAGGGGUGGGGAACCUACCAGUCCAGCAGCCUGGUGAGGCUCCUUUCAGUUGAUGCACUUUAGAAAGAAUUAUCUCCAUCACACGGGACGUUGUUCAGGGCAUCUGGCUCUGCCUUCAGAAUAUGUGGAACUCUGAGGCAACGUUGUCAUAACGUUUUGAUUCUUCUUCAGUGCUGUGCUGUACUCCGUUAAGUAAGAAAACACCAAGCUCAGGUAAAUUUAGCAGGUUUGAGUCCUGCAGGCAGCAAUAUAUCUCCAUCAAUGCAGCAUGCAUCUAUAUGCAACAAACACACUUCUGUGAAAAAGCUUUGAGUACCAACUUCUUUGAAGUGUCAAUCUUGUACACCAAGGGAUGUUCUCCUGAAGGAGAAAUACACUUCCAAUUUCAUCAAACAAAAUGUGCUUUUUAUUUUGUUUUCUGGUAUUCAGUUCCAUUUGUUUUACUUGAAUAGUGAGAGUUGUUAAACAGGAUCAUCUUUAAAACCAAAGGAGAAGAAAAAUCCGUCAAUGAUGUCAACUUGUGGCAAAAAUACUAGAAUUAAAAUCUCAGGCUCUGUUUUGUGUAUCUUUAUUUUCAUGAGUGUAUCAUUGCAUAUGAUCAGUUUCAAGACAUGCUUUAUUUUCUAGUAAAUAAAGUAGCUGACUUUUAUUCUUUUUCCUGAUACAGCCAUUGCAAGUGAGUCAGUAGCAGGCUGUGCAGGAAGGGCAAGAAAGGAGUUUUAAAUGGCAUAGAUUCUGCAAUUAGAACGUAUGGAUUUCAUACCCAUUUACUCUCUGAACUGUUUUCUUUGCACUCUGCAGAGUUCAGCUGCCUUCCUCAUAAAAUGUGCACAUAUGAAACACAUCCAUAGAUAAGUGUAGUAGCGCUUCAGAGACAAGAGUUGAGUUUGUAAUGUUAAGAAAUUGGCUUUUUUGCUAUCUCAGAAACUAUAUCAAAGCACGUGGACUUGUAGGCAGUUCUUUGCUUCUUUCUUGCUUGUUCUUUUUGCCUUCUAUCUGAAAAGCCUGAAGGACUUAGCUAUAUUUGGUCUGUAUGGGAAGGUUAUGUUCAACAUGAAUGACAAAACAUAUAAAAAUGUUUAAAACCCAAAA